AUGCGUUUGUACCAAAUUUGGAUCCGCGUCGUCACCACGCUGGUUUCGGGUCACUAUGUGUUCUCAAAGUUGAUAGUAGAGGGAAAGACUACUCAGGAUUCUGAAUACAUUCAAGAGAAUAGUAAUGGAUACAUACCAACACUGGCUCCUGACAUUCUAAGCAAUGACUUUCGCUAUAACAAAGGCUCGAUAGACUCUGCAGCCAAAACAAAAGUGUAUACAGUUGCUCCGGGUGCAGAGAUCGAUUUUCAGCUCGCCUAUGGUGCUACAAUGAAGCACUCCGGACCUCUUCAGAUCUAUAUGUCCAAAGCUACUGGUGACAUCAAAGUCUAUGACGGACCGGGCGGUUGGUUCAAGGUUUACCAAGAAGGCGUCUGUAGCGAUAUCUCUGGUGGCUUGAAGAACACCGAUUGGUGCACUUGGGAUAGGGAUACCGCAUCUUUCGAGAAUACUCCGCCAGGUCAGUACCUUGUUCGCGUUGAGCACAUCGGUAUCCACCGAGGCUUCAGCGGGAAUGCAGAUUUCUACUUCACCUGCGCUCAAAUCGAGGUCACCGCCUCUGGAUCGGGAUCUCCUGGUCCUCUAGUCAAGAUCCCUGGUGUUUACAAGCCUGAGGUUCCCAACAUCCACUUCAAUACAUAUAGCCCAGUCCGAAUCACUUCCUAUGAUCUCCCCAGUCCCUCAGCUUAG